UCUCUCUCAAAUCGAAAUUAGGGUUUUUGAGAAUCAGAAUCUCCAUUCGUCGAUUUUCAAUUCUUCCAAUCUUCUCGCGAGGAUCAUCAUGAUUUCAGAUUCGAUCACCACCGCUUCUGCUAUUGCUUCCUCUAACGCGAGAGAUUUCUCAAAGAAGAAGAAGAAGAAGAACAACAAGUCGGCGAAGAUGAAGCAGAGCAAGCUCGGUCUCCGCCGUGAGCAAUGGCUUUCUCAAGUUGCUGUGAUCAAUAAGGAGUGUAAGGAGGAGAGGAGUGAUCAUAACCCUGUGGAGAAUGAGAAUCUUCGUCAUGAGAGGUUUAUGGAGUCGCCUUCAAGCAGCUCAGAUAUAAGCACUAACUUCAGUGGGAGAAGCAGCAGGAGUAGUAGUAGUAGUAGCAGCUCUGGUGACAUAACAGAAGAGGACAAUCUAGAUGAUGGGUGUGUAGAUGAUUGGGAAGCUCUUGCUGAUGCAUCAGAAGCUGAGGAGGAGGAGAAACUCAUCCAUGAGUCAGUCAAGGAGCAAGAGAAUGUUGUGGGUAUUGGAGGUGCAGAGCAAAGGAGUAACCGAGCUUGGAGGCGAGACGAUGACCAUCGUCCUCAGGCUUUACCCAAUCUUGCCAAGCAGAUUAGUUUUCCGGAGCUGGACAAGCGUUUCAGCGCUGCGUCGACGCCCUCUUCGUGUCCCAUAUGCUGCGAAGACUUGGACUCGACGGAUGCGAGUUUCUUCCCGUGUCCUUGCGGGUUUAAACUCUGUCUCUUCUGCCACAAGACGAUCUACGACGGAGACGGGCGGUGUCCUGGAUGCAGGAAGGCGUAUGAGCGGAAUGCGAUGACAACUGAGACUAGUUUUCAAGGUGGCUGUGUAACAGUUCGGUUGACUCGUUCCUCUACCAUGUUUUGCAGGUCUUGAGAUGUUGUUGUUUUCUUUCCCAUUACUCUUGGGACUCUCUUGGUUCUUUUUUAGCAUUAGGUAAUGUGGGUAUAGUGUUUGUCUUUUGGGACUCAGAGAAGUUUGAGCUUUGUUUGCUGCUAAGUCUGACUCUGAAACAUUGUGGUGAUGGUGAUGUAAUGUGGUGUGUGAAUACAUAAAAAAAA